GGUGAAGAACACAGCAUUAAAUUAUUCGAUGAAGACAGAAGGCAUCGCUAUUACCCUCCCAUUGGCCUUCUCUUUUUCAUCAAUUUCAAAUUACCCAAAUUACCCUUUCCGCCAUUAAAGCACCUUCCUCCUCCACUUGAGUCUUCAGAAGAUCGGUAGAACACAGAGAUUCAGAGGUUCCGGUUAAAAUGGAAGAUAGAAGAAGAAGGGAUGUGUUUGUGGGGAAUUACAAGCUUGGAAGAACCAUCGGAGAUGGUUCAACCGGAAAAGUUCGAGUUGCAGAACAUAUGUUAACAGGACAUAAAGUUGCGAUUAAGAUCCUCAACCGCAACAAGAUUGCAGAGAUGGGUUUAGAAGAUAAAGUAAGAAGAGAGCUACAAAUAAUGAAGUUGUUUAUGCAUCCUCACAUAGUACAACUCUAUGAGGUUAUAGAGACACCAACUGCUACCUGUGUAGUGAUGGAGUAUGUCAAGUUUGGAGAACUUUUUUAUUAUAUUGCGGAGAAUGACAGGUUGAAGGAAGAUGAAGCUCGUAGACUCUUCCAACAGGUAAUAUCAGGAGUUGAGUACUGCCACAGAAACAUGAUAGUCCACAGGGAUCUUAAGGCUGAGAAUGUGCUUUUGGAUACCAAUUUGAAUGUAAAGAUAGCAGAUUUUGGUUUUAGCAAUGUGAUGUGUGAUGGGCAUUUCCUGAAAACAAGCUGUGGGAGUCCUAACUAUGCUGCUCCUGAGGUUAUUUCUGGUAAACUCUAUGCUGGCCCUGAAGUAGACAUAUGGAGCUGUGGGGUUAUAUUGUAUGCACUCUUAUGUGGGUAUCUUCCAUUCGAGAGCGAAAACAUCGCCCUUCUUUAUCAAAAAAUAAAGAACGGAGUUUAUAGGAUUCCGAAUUUCAUAUCACCGGCCGCAAGAAACUUGAUAUCAAGGAUACUUGUAGUUGAUCCAUUGAAACGAAUAACUAUUCCUCAAAUUCGUCAGCAUCCAUGGUUUCAAGCUCAUCUUCCUCGCUAUUUAGCAGUGAAACCAACGGCUAUCAUCCAACAAUUUGAAAAGAUCGAUGAGGAUGUUCUCCAAAGAGUGGUUCUGAUGGGGUUUGACAGGAACACACUGAUUCAAUCUAUUCAAAAUAGAACUCCAAAUGAGGGAACUGUCUCCUACUAUUUGCUGCUGGGCGAUCGGUUCCCUAUCUCUGAUGGCUAUCUUGGUGCCGAGGCUCAAGAAUCAAUGGAACCGAACCAUACGCGUCCACUUGCUGCCACACUGCCUUCUUUCGAACGUAGGAAUGAUGAAGUUGUGGGCAUCACUCCUCAGAUUCCCGCUGAUGGGAAGUGGGCUCUUGGAUUACAGGCUAAAGCAAACCCACGCGAUAUAAUGAUAAAGGUGCUUAAAGUGCUGCAAGAACUGAAUGUGUGUUGGAAGAAGAUUGGUGAUUACAGUAUGAAAUGUAAGCUAACAACUGAUACUCCAACUCAUCACCAACCACUGCCUGCUAAUUUUGCAUUCAACAAACAUUCAAUACUUUUGGAGCUCAAUAAUGUCACCAUACUACAGAAUGUGGUCAAGUUCGAACUCCAGCUAUAUAAAAUGCCUGAGGAAAAGUACGUGGUUGAUCUACAAAAGAUCCAAGGCCCCGAGUUUCUAUUCUUAAAUCUUUGUGCUACCUUCAUUUCUCAACUUCGAGUCGACUGAACUAUGUAAUAACACAAUUUUAUAUCACUCAAGAUCUAGUUAUACUCUAAUCAAAUAAGUUGUAUUUAUAUGUUACUAUAAACAUACUUGAGAU